CUUUCCAUUUUUAUUAUCCCCUUAACAAAUUGAAUUACUACUACCAAUAAUUGAAAGAAAGAAAGAAAUGGAAGGGACGAUACGUUGUGAUGCAAAUUACGUUCCAUUAAGUCCAAUAAGUUUUUUGGAAAGGUCAGCUGUUGUUUAUAGAGACAGACUGUCGCUCGUUUAUGAUCAUCAUGUUAGCUUCACUUGGCGACAGACACGUGAUCGAUGUGUCAAAAUGGCCUCUUCUCUUGCCUCUCGUUUUCAUAUUGCUCGCCACGAUGUCGUGGCUGUCUUGGCCCCGAAUAUCCCGGAAAUGUAUGAGCUCCAUUUUGCAGUCCCGAUGGCAGGCGCAGUUCUUUGCAGCCUCAACAUCCGUCAUGAUUCAGCAAUGGUGUCGACUUUACUUAAACAUUCAAGCGCCAAACUUAUAUUCGUAGAUUACCAGUUUAUAGAUGUUGCAAAGGGUGCGAUAGACAUUAUGUUGAACUCUAUGUCUGCAGUUCCUCAACUGGUGCUGAUCCCAGAUUCUAGUGAGUUUUCCCUACAGCCAAAGUCGCAUAUUUUGGAGUAUCAAACACUUUUGGAUAUGGGAAGUCUUGAUUUUGAGAUCAGAAGACCGAUUGAUGAGUGUGAUCCAAUUGCACUUAACUAUACAUCAGGAACGACUUCAAAUCCUAAAGGCGUGGUUUACAGUCACAGAGGUGCUUAUUUGAACUCUUUAGCCGCAGUUUUACUUAAUGAGUUGCCAUCAAUCUCUGUAUACUUAUGGACGGUUCCUAUGUUUCACUGCAAUGGAUGGUGUAUGACAUGGGCAUUGGCGGCGCAGGGUGGUACAAAUGUCUGUGUCAGGGCGGUGACUGCAAAAGGUAUCUUUGAAAGCAUAUCUCGACACAAAGUAACACACAUGUCUGGUGCUCCUACAGUUUUGAACAUGAUAAUCAAUGCGCCGGCCACAGAGCGGCUCCCACUUCCAGGAAAGGUAUUGGUGAUGACCGGUGGGGCUCCACCACCUUCCCAGGUGGUAUUUGGUAUGGAGCAGCUGGGGUUCGAUGUGUGUCACUCAUACGGUCUCACUGAGACAUAUGGUCCUGGAACUAUCUGCACCUGGAAACCUGAGUGGAACUCGUUGCCAUUAGAUGAAAGAGCAAAAAUCAAGUCCAGACAAGGAGUGAAUCAUAUAGGUUUGGAAGAAGUCGAUAUUAAGGAUCCAGUGACCAUGAAAAGCGUCCCGUGGGAUUCCAAGACAAUAGGAGAGGUCAUGUUGCGUGGAAACACCAUAAUGAAUGGAUAUUUAAAGGACACAAAGGCGACACAAGAAGCUUUUAAGGACGGAUGGUUUCGUAGUGGUGAUUUAGGUGUGAGACAUUCUGAUGGUUAUAUUGAACUCAAGGAUCGGGCCAAAGACAUUAUAAUUUCGGGUGGCGAGAAUAUCAGUACGAUUGAGGUGGAAUCCGUGCUUUUCAGGCAUCCAGGCGUUCUGGAAGCAGCUGUUGUAGCACGACCUGACGAUCAUUGGGGAGAAACACCGUGUGCUUUUGUGAAGCUAAAAGAAGGGUACAAGUUAAAUAGUAAUGAUUUAAUAGCAUUCUGCAAGCAAAACUUGCCACAUUAUAUGGCACCCCGAACAGUUGUGUUUGACGAGUUGCCAAAGACAUCGACAGGGAAGACGCAGAAAUUUCUUCUCCGGGAAAAGGCCAAGGCCAUGGGGAGUUUGUCGUCAAAAGGUAAGAGCAAACUAUGAUGGUUGAAUUUGUUGUUUAAUCUAUAUCUAUUCUUGAAUAAAUUGGGAAUUUGUGUAUUGAAAAAUGAAGAGAAUGUAUAUUGUGCUGUAACUUUUGUGAAUAGUAAAAUAUAAUUUAUCUAA